UACACAUAUUGGCAGGUGGCUGCCUGGCGUGCUUCACAAUGUGUUCGCAAGGAACGAGACUCAAAUUCGACCGAGCAUCAGCUUGACAUCUGCCACCACACUGCCGGCUCUAUCGUGCAGACGCAGUUGCACAUCUCCUUAUGGCGGCACCUUCACCGUCAAUUCCACACAUCGCUGGCCGCUACGCUUUGUACAAAGAAGGGACUGCUCGGAUCGCAGAAUGGAUCAAAGCGACGUCACGUUCAUGUGGCGCUCUCACCAGGAGUUCGUCGCCGCAGAAGCUGACUACGGGAGACCUGACACGCUACGCAAACGCUAUCGCAUGCACACUUCCAGCUGUAAAUAUCCCGGGCUCGAUAAUCGAAGAUCUCCGAGAAGUCAUCUCAAGCCGUCAAGUCUGCGCAGAAUGGUACACAGCACAGCAGACUACGCAAACGAAGGAUCGCGAUGUGGACAUUGCGAGCCACAGGUCACACAGACACUUCAUUGACGUACUUCAGGGCGUACUGGACGUCCUACAAGAAGCAAGGAAACGGAAGCAGAGGGUAAGAGGUGCACGCGGUGGCAACUCUGCGUCGCCAGAGAAGCGGCCAGCUACAGCUAAUGGUGCGACCUCUGCUCGCUUCGCUCAGCUUGAGUUGCACGAACCCUCUGAGGAUCAGCUCAUCACUGAAACUCCGACGGGCUUUGUGGAUUCAUCGGCAGCCUCUACGGUGAUAGCAGAGACGCUGAAUGUCGACGCUUUUGCAGAGCAACAAUACGCGCUGUGGUGUUUCUUGACAGAUUGUUCGGACAUUCGAGCCAUAAUACGCCAGACAUGGCAGGACUUCGAGACUGGUCACCUCAGCUUCUGCGCAGCAAGCAUGACAACCGAUGUUGCAUUCGGUAUCAUGCGACGUGCCGACGACGAGUUAUCCUCCCUCUACCCAGAGUUUGGCGACGCAGACGAAGUACUUGAACUUCUGGAUGCGGAUCUUUACCUGUUCCAUGAUUCACCAAGAUAUUUGACGCACCGUAUGAACACGUCUGAGACUCCUCUUACGACUCUCGAUAUGCUUCUUUGUCCACAAGCACACCACUUAUUGUGGGCGUCCGUUGUUUACCAGCAGCAUAUAUCGAGGCCCGAAGACGAAGGCGACUCCCUACAUCAAAGACCCAAGCGAGCGGGCAGGAAGCUCGUAAAGCCUCGUGCUGCAGAGACAACGCGCACCGCCCAUCACCUAGCGCAACUUAAAGAUCCCAGAAUCGUCACCAACGAAUCACAAUUUUGUCCCAUCGAAAUAGCCGCCUACGCAUCGUACCAUCCAUUCGCGAAGAAGUUGGUCUCAAUCUUCCCCGAGAUGCUUCGCCAUCUCAAGACCUCACACCACUCGUCGCUCAAAGCGGACGUGUUGGAUGUCAACAAUUUCGACGAAUUCCUGCGUGGGAUGCAAGAACUUUCCGGCGGGCUACGAAGAAGGAUGUGGUUAACAUUUGCCUGCCAGACAUUCAUGGAUAACUACGACAUUACUUCGAAACGCCCUAACAUUGGCCUGUACGAGCUACAGCGGGCUGUCGCUCGGCUCGACGCCAUCGACGCCAGUCACACCAGAAAGUUUACAACACUCAGUACAAUUAUGGCAUCCUCCCAGCUUCUCGUCGAGAGAUGUCGUUUCACUUGCCUCAGAAUGUCAUGUCCUGUAAAGUCUGACGAGAAUUUCUCUUUUGGCUCCGACUGCGAUUGGCUUGAUGGCAGCACAACGUGGUGGCCAACCACCGUAUACGGCACUUUGCCGACGCUGAUAGGCACCACGAUUAAUACCCUUCAAUUGCAUGCUGUCUCGACCGGCAUUUGGAUUUCGAAUUUGAAAUACGGAGCUCUGGCGAUGGCACAUUUGUACAGCGCGAUGCGCCAUUACCGGCUACUCGAUGUUGAAUGGACAGAUAUGGAUUGCUUUAUUGAACGGCAGAACAGCCAUUGUGCUUUCAUCGAUAAGCUGGAUGAGACAGUGGGCUCCGCCGCUGUAGCGAGGCGAUUUUGCAUUGCCGUAGGCGCUCCAACAACUCUGGCUACGCACCGAUGCAAUUCCGACACGUUCUUUAAACAAGCCAGCGCGGGACGCAAGUCUAGCAUACGGUUACUCCCUGGCUCCAAGUUAUUGCGCCCUCUCUUCGACCGCAUAUCCAUUGACAAUGCCGCCGGCUUUUCGCGUGGUGAGCUUCUUGACGUGGUGCUCAGAGGUUUAUGUGAUGUGUCGCAAGGAUCCACUAGCAGUGCGUACAGCCGACUGCGCUCCUCAAACAGCCCAAGAUCAGCUCAAGUGACGGGCUCGCAGCUGCUACUGACUUUCAGAGAUGCUUUUAUCGAAUCGGAGCCUGAGCUUUACGUUGACCAUGCGAGCCUCUGGAAUCGCUGCAUUGAUCUCUUUGCGGAAAUGAGGGUUGCCCAGCACCCUUUUCCGGAGACGGUGGCACGUCUAAUGGACGGUCAUCCAUGGUUUGCGACCAUGGACCUGCUAUACGAAGCACAGUUAUGCUCGGAUCUUCAGCUGCCGGUGGAACAGUCCUCACUUGGGCGUGUCGCCCGUUACCUGCGCUCAUACAUCGUCGUUCAUGGCAACGACUUCACCGCGGCAGCAGGGCGGCUUACAAGCGGCCAUAUUUCGCGACACCUACAUCCUAUGCUGUCGCCAGAGGCCUAUGAUGAGGUCUUAGAACCGCCUGAUGCGUCACAGUACGCUAAUACGAUGGAGAAGAUCAGGAAUCUCUACGACAUCUUGGAGUUGAACACCCCAAAUCCUCUCACCGGCGCCAGCAUGGAGGCGGAGCGUAGUGACGACAUGCAACUCCCUCCAGAGAUCCAAGGCGACGUGAAAGCAGUCUACGCUGCACGGAAGAAGAGUGGAGGGCGGAGGUUGCUCCGUAGCAGGAAGUAGGAGUGACUGCCUAGGCAGUAAAAGAUCAGCUGGCACGUAACAGUGGUUAAGCAAACCGUGAGAUCAGAGAGGGCAUGUUCUACUUGAGUUGCUCGGCCUUUGGGGAUGCAGUGAUCA